AUGAGAGAAUUAACAGAGAGUUAUCCAAUUGGUACUGACAGACCAAAUAUUAUUUAUUCUGAUGAAAUAGCUUCAAGUCGACAAGAUUUUCCCAAAAGACCUUUAGACGAAGAUGGCAAACUCAGAAAACUUGACUCCAUCAAAAAGUCAGUUGCUAGAGGUGAUUCGGUCAAGAAUUUGAAAAGACUUAAUUCCAAUAACAGUUCUGUAACUGUUAAAAAACCUUUAACAAGAUAUGAAAAAUUUCAAGCUUGGAUGGUUAAUGAAGGAAAUCGAAAAAUAUUUUUUACAUUUUGGAUUUUACUUCAUGGAUUAGUUUUUUCAAUGGCGUUUUUGAAUUUCUUAUUUAGUGAUAAUUUGUCAACAGCUCGUUCUAUUUUUGGUAUAACAUAUCCAAUUGCUCGUUCCUCGGCCUUGGUUUUACAUGUAGAUGCAGGCCUUAUACUAUUUCCAGUUUGUAGAAAUUUGAUUUCUUUAUUUCGUACAACUCCAUUAAAUGCCAUCAUACCAUUCGAUGAAAAUAUUGAAUUUCAUAAGGCCAUCGGCUGGUCAAUAUUAUUUUUCUCUUUGUUGCACACAUUUUCUCACUGGGCAAAUUUUGCUAGAUUGACUAUUGCUUUGAAUGAAGAUUUCAUCUAUUUUUUGAAAUUAAAUUUUUUAAGUGGUCCUGGUGCAACUGGUUAUGUUAUGUUGAUAUCUUUGCUUAUAAUGGUCAUUACAGCUACAGAUAAUCAGAGACGUAGAAAUUUUAAUAGAUUUUGGUAUUUGCAUCAUCUAUUUGUACCUUUUUUUGGUGCAUGGGCAUUCCAUGGAGCAUUUUGUAUGAUAAAACCUGAUAGACCACCAUUUUGUAGUGAUAUUGCUGUAUUUUGGAAAUAUUGGAUAGCAUCUGGUACAAUUUAUAUUGGUGAACGUAUUUUACGUGAGAUACGUGCACGUCAAAACACAUAUAUAUCAAAAGUUGUUAUGCAUCCAUCAAGAGUGGUUGAAAUACAAAUCAAAAAAAAAAAUAUUGUGACCAAAGCAGGUCAAUACAUCUUUUUAUGCUGCCCUGCAAUAUCUAUACUUGAAUGGCAUCCAUUUACUUUAACCUCUGCACCAGAAGAAGAUUAUAUAUCUGUACAUAUUAGAACUGUGGGUGAUUUUACUAAAACAUUGGCAAAGAAAUUAGGUUGUGACUUUGAGGAAGAAGAAAGGUUACGUAAAAAAGCAGGGAGCGAAAAUCGUGCUAAAAGUACUUAUGAUGGAGUUGAUAUUUCAAUAAAUAGUCCAGAGUUGAAGAAAGUUUUACCUAGAGUGAUGAUUGAUGGUCCUUUUGGUAGUGCUUCAGAAGAUGUAUUUAAAUUUGAAGUUUCUAUAUUGAUUGGUGCUGGUAUUGGUGUAACACCUUUUGCAAGUAUUCUAAAAAGCAUUUGGUAUCGUAUAAACUAUCCAAAAAAAUCUACAAAGUUACGUAAGGUUUAUUUCUUUUGGAUUUGCCGUGAUUAUGAUUCAUUUGAAUGGUUCCAAUCAUUAUUACUAGCUAUUGAAGAACAAGAUAUUGAUCAAUUCAUUGAGAUUCAUACUUAUCUUACAGCACGUUUACGAAAUUCUGUUAUUGGUAAUAUAUUAGUGAAUGAUGAUGGUAAUAUUAAAGAUACCAUUACUGGACUUCGUGCACCAACGCAUUAUGGUAGACCAAACUGGGAUAGGAUUUUUUCAAAUAUGAGGGAACAACAUCCGUCCACUGAUGUUGGUGUAUUCUUUUGUGGACCAAAACCACUGGGAAAACUAUUAAAUAAUAAAUGUAAUUUAUGGAGUCAAGGAUCUGAAGAGGGCACAAAUUUCGUUUAUGGAAAAGGUAAAAAUACGUUUUGUUUAUUUUUGCAAGUAUUAAUUGCUUAUGGAAAUGUAUUUGCUGUUAUAUUAAACCCUUCCUUUGAAGUUUUAAUGCUUUUGGAUAAAUCCAGUAAAGAUACUAUUAAUUCAAAAAAAUCAACAAUAAUUCCUAUAACCAAUAUAACAAUUCCUGAUCAGACUCAACAAUUACUUUGUCAUGCAUUAGAUAUGAAAAAAACCAGAAUAGUGGAGAAUGAUUGGUCAAAAAUCAGGAUGUUUGAAUUUCAAUUGAACUUAGAUGAGAAAGCUUGGCUUAUGAGUAAAAUAGAUUCAUUUCAAUGUAUAAAAUGCCCGGAAUUAAAUGAACAUUAUGGACUUAUACAUGAAAUAAUGUCAUUAGGAAAAAAACUCAAUGGAUUGCUUCAUACAAUAACUGGUGAAAAUUUGGAAUUAAUGCCAGAGUAUGAACAAAGAAUAGAAGUUCUUAAAUCUUUAAAGUAUAUUGAUGAAAAAACUUCAGUGGUUCAAUUGAGAGGUCAAAUUGCUUGUAAGAUUAAUACUGCUGAUGAAUUGUUAGUCACUGAAUUGAUUUUUGGAAAUGUUUUGAAAGAAUCUGAAUAUGACCCAGCUGAAAUCUUAAUUUAUCUUAUUUAUGAAAAAAAAGGUGUUGCAGAAAUAAAAAAAGUUGCGAAGUAUGUUGGAGAGGUUCAAAGAAAAAAAAAUGUUGAUAUUCAAGUAGAUGAUUAUGUCGAAACAAUUAAGUUUGGAUUAGUUCAAGUAGUAUAUGAAUGGGCAAGAGGAAUGGUAAACUUUUUAAAUUUUGUUAUUGUGGAAUUAGAUGAAACUUGUAGUGAAAUAAAAAGUGCUGCACAGUUAAUGGGAAAUAUAGAAUUAUGUGCUAAAAUGGAUAAAGCUCGAAGUUUGAUAAAACGUGAUAUUGUAUUUGCAACUAGCUUG